CGAAAAGUUUUCAGUUUUCCAAUUAAUAUUAAAUAGAAAGUGAAGGAUUGCUCACAAUGUCGACAAAAGCCACAAAGAGCGUCAGCGUAAAUGUAACCAUUGCUAGCACGUCCGCUGCCAAAGCAGCCGAUGUCCAGGUUCCGGAGACACCAACUUUUAGCCAGACUUAUGCCACGUUGCGCGUGUGCCUGAGAUAUGGUGAUAGCAGCGCCAACAUCUUUGGUCGCUUGAUCAAGGUCUUGGAGGCAAGCGAUUUAAUACACAUUCUGAAAAUGCUGCCCGAUGAGGAGCUGGAGCGUUUGAUGCCCAUGCUGGGUCAGCGUUUGACGCGGCUGCGUCUGGAGAUGGCCGAAAUACCGCAGCUGUACAGCCUCUGUCGAAAAAUGGGCGUACCGGAGCUUCUGCAAGUGCGCAACUGUGAAGUUGCGCAAAGCAAGCCAAAGCCGAACGCCACCAGCUCCAGCAUCAACAGCAGCGGCAUUAGUUCCAUCUGUCAUCUGCAGUUGCUGGGCAAGCUGCUGCCGCGGCUGGAGCUGCUCAAUGUGCACGCCGCCGUUAUGCCACCCUUUCCGAACAAUUUGCGUCAUCUACGCGCGCUGCUGCUGCGCCAGAAUCCCUCGCAGGCAGUACUGGAUCAGAUCUGUGCCAAUUGUCCGCAGCUACAGCAGCUUUUUUUGCGUAACGAGACGCACGCCUCGCUGGACGUGACAAACAUUUUGAAAUGUUUUCAGUUGAAGGAGCUGCAGCUGCCGCUGAUGCUGCACUCGCCGCUGACCGUCUGCCAUUUGGCGCAUCUGGAGCAUUUGUCGCUGCAGCGUAUGCAACUCUGGCCGGGCAUGGACUGGCUGCCCAUUGUCAGAGAUAUCAUCAACGCCAAGCGCUAUGAGCUGCGCACUCUGAAAUUUGAUGGCAGUUGGCUCACCACACCGCUGGAUCUAUCGGUGCUGCAGCUAAAGUACUGCUGGGCUCUUCGGGAGCUGCUGCUGAGCAACUGCAAGCUAGCGGAUCAGACGCCGCAACCGGAGCUGCCGCUCAGUUGUCAGCGUUUUGGGCUGAGAGGCUGCACGCUGAGUCGGCUGCUGCGCUAUUUGAAAAACAAUGCACAGCUGCAGGUACUCGAGUUUUUUGAGUGCCAGCUAGUUGCCGGCAGUGGUCAAUUGUUGCAGCAUAUGCUCAAGCAGCGCCAGAGCCUGCCAACAGUGAUGCCGCUGCAGCUGCGCUUUAGCCACUCGACGCCUUUGCGUGCGGAGCUCACGAGCUGGACUCCACGAAGGCGGCAGCACUAUGAGAAAUGGCUGCAGGUGCAGGAACUGGAUGAACAUGAGCCCACCUGGAAGCAGCCGAUUGGCACAAUUAGCAUGACAUUCGGCAAGCCACUUAACUAUACGCCCGAUAUAGAUCUAGGCAGCGUUGGCCAAAACCCAAUACCGUUGACCUACAAACAUUUGAAUGCUGCGCAUAACGAAACUCUGGGAUGA